GUUAGUACGUCUGUGUCGGGAUACCGUUAAAUCACAAUACGGUGCUGUUUGGGUGGUCUUGAAGGAACCAAUAGAAGAAAAAAGCCUCUUUUUUUUGUUUUUGCUUCUCCUUCUUUUGCAGUUUAGAUUUUGGCUUAUUUCUAAAGACGCCAUUUCGUUCUCUUAUACGGUUGCGCAGUAGUGCCUUCCGGAGCCUGCUCACCCCCACCCUCAACAUGUACAGGCAGCAACAACAGAAUGUGCCAGGUGGUCGCGGCUACCCGACGGAGGUGGACGGGCGGGACCGGGUCAAAUUCUUCCGACGACCCGUCGAGCCAGACAACACGGUGCUUGACCGUCAAGCGGACACGGCCAACGUGCAGUUCGCCGCGUCCUGCCCCUCCUUCUCCAUGCCGUCGAACGCAGCCGCCUUUGCCGGGUCGUCGAUGCAGUCGCGCGGGCGCGGCAACGGGUUGCACGUGCGCGGACCGCGUCGCCCCUCCUCCUCCUCUGCCAUGGGUGUCCACCCCCGACAGGCCAUGUCCGCAAACUUCCAGGGUUCGAUGAGCCGCAGUCAAGAGCCCAGCAGGCGGCGGCCCCAUCACUUACCAAGCCUCCAUGCUGACGACGACGAGAACGACGCUGUCCGUCUCGGCAGCAGGGGCGGCGAGGGCGGCGCGCAGCGUGACCACCGCGUCGCCGUGAGCGUGCAAACGGUGCAGCGCGAGAACGAAGCACAGACAGACCCCUACUCUCCCGACUACUUCAUCCCCGAAGGUGCUCCGACGCCGGAGGUGCUCUCGCUGCAGAGUCUGACCUACCAAAACGGGGCGCUACCCGCGGGCCGCCAGGAGGUGCAGCUGAUCCAGCGGCUGAGGCGGCGGCGCGAGGUGGAGGCGGCGCUGCCCACCGGCUCCGACGCGGCCUCGGUCGAGGCGCGCUACAUGGCGCUGCACGAACUUGAAGAAAUGGAGUGGGCAGAGCGCGAGGAGCACGUGGGGCAUCUGCAGCAGCGCCGGCUUGACCGCCUAAAGGAAUCCAUGCUGGAGCGCGAGGCAGCCCGGGAGGAGUCAAACCGCGCACGCCUGGAGCGCAUCAAAGCGCAGUACUUGGACUCCCUCGGCGGCAAGCUCACCUCACUGGAGAAGCGUCGUGCGGCAUCGAACAAGCGCGGCAAUGAGAAGAUGGCAGAGCUGCAGGCACAGCAGCAGGCCAGCCGCGGAGGGGCUCCGACACUGCCUGCUACACAAGGCGGCACUGGCGCAACUGGAUUUGGUGGCACCAGCACACGUGGUGGACCGACUAUUGCAUCCUACUCGCGCUACGGCAUCAGCGGGGCGCCGCCGCCGAUGGGAAGCGUCGGGGCGACACUGGGCGGCCCCGCCAGCGCCAGCAACGGCGCAGGGCUGGAUGAGCAGAACCGCAUGUCCCGCCAAGCCUUCAACUACGAUGUCCGCCCCCAGCUGCUGUCGGAUGUCGGCGGCACGCAGCUGGUGGAUGAGAAGCGCGGCGCCCGGACGGAUCGCGUGUCGGCGCAAACGUUUGUCGUACCACAGAACGAUGCAGUGCAGCGGCUGCCCACGCUGUAUCAGCGCCGCGAGGCUGAACGGGUGCUGCAGUCGUUGGAGUACGCCCACAAGAAGCUGCACCAAGCCGACGACGAGGCCGCGGAGACGACGGAGACGAAGAUGCAGCGUGUGUUGGACCUCUACCGAGCAACGCCGAAGCUGCAGCGACCCGACACGCCCGUGCUGGAGCUGGACGGCGACGACGAAGAGGAGGAGGAAGAUGCGUGCAUCCUGCUGCAGCGGCUGCUGCGGGGCCGUGCGGUGCAGAACGACUUCUUCGAGGGCCGCGAGCGCUGCCGGGGGCUCAUCGAGGAGCUGCAAGCCGCCUCCACCGCCCAAACCGCCGAGGUGCUCGCUGCGGAGAAGACGCAGAACGAGACGGAGGCAGCAGAGAGGGAGGCGGAUCUGCAGGCCGUCGUGGACACCGCCCUCGGCGCGGUGGUGCACGACACCCUCGGCUUUCUCACGCAGGAGCUGCUGCGACAGCAGGACAUCGCCGAGCUGCGCCAUCUGCAGGAGGAGGCGGAGACGGUGCGGCAGACCCGCGAGGCGGCGGAGUUGGCGCGGCGUGCGGAGGUGCGGCAGCGUCGGGACCGCAACGAGGUCGCCUACACCGCCUUCAUGCGCGCCACCGACACGACGGUGCGGUGCUUCCUGGACGACGUGCUGGGCACGGCGGUGGAGGACACGGCACUCGAUGUGGCGGUAGCGGAGGAGCAGACCCGGCAGGCAGCCCGGCCCUCGCCACGGGAGCCGCAAAACGAGGCGGAGGCGCAAGACGUGGUGUGCGACAUGCUGGAUACGUUUUUGCUGCCCACCGUGGUGGAAGCGAUUGUGUUGCAGCACCGCACGCUGCAGAAGAAGGCCGGGGCGGAGGCCGCGAUAGAUGCCGCACACGCGGCUAUUCAAAAGGACGGUGCACCCGAGGAAACGUAA